AUUAUGGGAAGGAUCGCAGUUGCUUUAAAUUAUAGAAGUUGGCAAGUGCCUGGGAGAAGGAGUGGGAGGUUGUUUAAACUGAGAAAGACGGUUGCAGAACUUCGUACGACAGCAUGAGCUGGCGCUCCGCACACAUCCUCUACUUUUCUUCAAGACACUUCCCUGCAUUGUUGGGGAGCAGCUUGAGGAAUAAACGGAUUUCUACCCUGAGUAUUUUUUAAUGGUUUCUAAAUUCAUGGGAGAACCAAGGCAAGGAAGUCUAAUGUUUGGGGAGGACGUUUGAACCCAGCAAUGCCCAGGAAAGAGCCCAAGAUGAUUGUCCUGCUCUACGUGACGAGUCUUGCCAUCUGUGCAAGUGGACAGCCUCGAAGCAAUCAGGCUAAGGGAGAGAGCUACUCUCCAAGGUACAUCUGCAGCAUCCCUGGCUUACCCGGGCCCCCAGGUCCUCCCGGAGCCAAUGGCUCCCCGGGACCUCAUGGUCGCAUUGGCCUUCCUGGAAGGGAUGGUAGAGAUGGCAGAAAAGGCGAAAAGGGGGAAAAGGGCGCUGCAGGUCUGAAAGGUAAGACUGGACCCCUGGGCCUUGCUGGUGAGAAAGGAGACCAAGGAGAGACUGGGAAGAAAGGACCCAUGGGACCAGAGGGGGAGAAAGGAGAAAUCGGUCCAGCCGGGCCUCCUGGGCCAAAGGGAGACCGAGGAGAUCAAGGGGACCCGGGACUGCCUGGAGUGUGCAGAUGCGGAAGCAUUGUGCUCAAAUCUGCCUUUUCAGUUGGCAUCACAACCAGCUACCCAGAAGAAAGACUACCCAUCAUAUUUAACAAAGUGCUGUUCAAUGAGGGGGAGCACUACAACCCUGCAACGGGGAAGUUCAUUUGUGCUUUCCCAGGGAUCUAUUACUUUUCUUAUGACAUCACGUUGGCCAAUAAGCACCUAGCAAUCGGGCUGGUGCACAAUGGGCAGUACCGAAUAAGGACCUUUGAUGCCAACACAGGGAACCACGAUGUGGCCUCGGGUUCCACAGUCAUCUACCUGCAGCCGGAAGAUGAGGUCUGGCUGGAGAUCUUCUUCAAUGACCAGAAUGGCCUUUUCUCAGAUCCAGGCUGGGCGGACAGCUUGUUCUCUGGGUUUCUCCUCUAUGUUGAUACAGAUUACCUGGAUUCUAUAUCAGAAGACGAUGAGCUGUGAUCAGGACUGCAGGCCUGAAGGUUGCAACACAAGUACCACAGUGGCUUGCACUCUGAUGUGAUCUGGAGUGCUGCUGGAAGGUGGAGCAAAAGACACAGGGAUUCGGAAAAUGUUUUUUACAGACGGCUCUGGUAGAGUUAUCAAAAUGAGACAAACCACCUACCCAUUGAAAUCACAACAAAAUGAAUGGGCAUACAAUAACCCCAGACAUGGACCCCCUAAAGUAAUGACCCUAAAUAUUUAAGCAAAUUAAAGAUGAUGUUAACAAAUUUGAAUGCCCUUGGCAAUACAACCAGCUGGUAGUGACACUGCCUUAUUAAACAUUCAUAAAACCCCAGUUUUGUUUGUUAUUUAGGAUAAUCAUAAUAUUACGGUCAAAUUUGUUGACAAUUCUCAAGAGUAAAAACAAAGUAAGAGAUGCUAAGAAUUUUCUAACAAAUUAAAAUAGAGUGACAGAUUUCUUUUAUUCCUUUAUGCUUGUACAUGAUCCAAUAACUCGGUGUGUGUGUGUGUGUGUGUGUGUGUGUGUGUGUGUGUGUGUAUACACCAGACGAUAUCAGCUGUCCCCUCUCAGAUGUUAUCCAUCUUGUUCUUUGAGCCACAGUGUCCCCUGAACCUGGAGCUCACUUAUCUGGGUAUCCUGCCUGACUAGGAAAUCCCAGAAGCUACCUGUUCCCUUCUCUCCAACACAAAGACUACAAGCAUGUAUCACCAUAUCUGGCUUGUGUUUAUAUCGGUUCUGAAGGAUCAAACUCAGGUCCUCACGCUUACAAAGAACACACUCUGAACUGUGCUAUCAACCCAGCCGUCCGCAGCUCUCUAAUGAGACUGUGUAGAGCAGAUACUGAGUGCUGAACCAGACAGAAAAAAAUAUGGCAAUAGCCUUAUUUCAUGCAGGCUGGAGUGUAGGGAGCAUUGUGACACAGAGGCAUAAGAUGAUCACCAUGGUAAACAGAUCGAUUCUGUGCUAGAGACACAAAAACCAUGAUGCCUGAGCUUGGAAGCCAAAGACUUCUCACAAAGAAAAACCACUAAGAAUAACAAAUGCAAGUGUUUCUGUAAGUACAACAGUUGCAGAGGAAAAAGGGGAUAAGAUCCUGCAAUCUCCUCAUCCCCCCUGACAUGUCAGUGUUAUUUUCAAUCAAGAAGGAUUGAAAGAUGGAAAGAGGGAAUCCUGAGAAAGGAACUCGAGGUGGUGAUUGGGGCAAAA